ACUACUGUUUCCGGGGCGGAGUUUAAUCCACAGGUUACAAAGCGAAUCAGUUUCGAAGUUCAUUCAAGUUAUCCAGCCUUUUAUUUCAAAACAGUGCAGAUAAUGAACGAUUAUAUUGCUCGAGUAAUGUUGUUCGUAAUUAAUCCAUUUAAUUAUAUAUUGAUACAUUUCUUUUGAGUUUCAGAGAUUAGAAUCCCGUAGGAGGAUGACGUGUCGGUAGCUGGUUAGCAUAACAUCAUCAACACUUUUUUUCUGGACAAGGAAUACUAUUUUUUGGUUCAGUUGUUUAACGAGGAACAAACGCUGAAGAAGGUGCAGGUAUGGCAGGAAUAGUAAACACCAGCCCUCCGGUGAAAUGCUUGUUCACGAGCAUUCAAGUGAUCAUUCAUUGCUCUCUUCUUUGUCAACAAUGUCAUUGUCAAUGAGUCAAUCGUCACGAUCAAUCUUCUACGGUGAGCUGUUGUAACUUGACUUUAGGUCGUACCAUAUUCCUCAUGUGACAUGUCCUCGCCAUCACCGGUCCAAAUUCGAGAGGCGAACGCACACCUGGUCGCUGUGCACAGGCGGGUAGCAGAGCUGGAGCAGCGGCUCGAGGCAGCGGAGAACACCGUGAGGGAACAAGCAGAGAGUCUCAUCAGGAAAGACGAGCAACUGAGGGCUGCUACCCGGGAGAUAGCCGAGGCCAAGGAUAAGGAGAUUUACUACCUCCACGAGAAGCUGUGCAAAUCAGAGGAGACCAUCCAGAGGUUUCAGAACAUGGUCAAGGAGAAGGAUGCUAUGAUAGGACAGUUGCAACAUCGCUGCCAGCUCCUGGACAACAUCUGCAAGAGCAGGCCUUUACUAGACAGUAUGCUGUCCCAUAUGGCUGAGGCAGAAAGACUUGGGCCAGUGUUGGGGAUGGGUGAACCCACAACCAAUACAUCCCUCACAGACGGGGAGUCAAACUGCAGUCCCAACCGCAUCUCUAACCACAAAGACUUCUCCCUGAGUGAGGAUGACAUGGAUGACCAGGAGCUGGAUGAGAUAGUGUUUGGAACAACUGUAUAGUAAAAGGCCCCUGAGAAGAGUUACAUAGGUUAGAGGUGAAAAGGUUCUAGAAGAGGAUAGUACUUGAAGUAGAAGCAUGAGUCAUUUCAAAACAUCAUGCAUGUCGUGUUACUUUUUUAUGCUCUAAGUAGUUCUGUAUGUUAAGCAGAUGACUUACAACUUAACGUGACGUCACAUGAAUGUGGGGGAACUGCUCAACUCGUUAUGAAGCCUUUGAUGUAACCAAAUAGAGAGAAACUAAUCUGCCUUGAUUCCAUGUCUUAACCAGACAACCAGAUGUCUAUACGUUUCACAUCUGUUCCGGUUGUUUCAACUGCUAUAUUUUUAUACUGUAAUAUGAAAUAUUUGGAAAUAGUAUAAACAGGACCUCUUUAUGGUCAGUGUUCAGAAACUCAAAUUUUAGAAAGUACAUCUGCAGCACAUGCAAGGCAAAGUUCCAAUAUAUCCCAUGCUUUGUCUAUGUAGUAUACACGUUUUAGUCAUACAUUUUUUUUAAAGUGACAAUUCAGUUUAAAGUGCUUGAUUAUUUUCAGGGAUUGUAGUUACUCCCUUGUAAACAUGACACAUUUAAUGGUAAAUCUAAGACAUACAUUAGCCUCUUAUUGGCGUCAAUAUUUGCUUCAGUGAAGCAAGUCUAUGCAACGUUGAAGUUUGCUUCAUUCUUACAGUUCACUCAUUCUUACAUUACAUAAGAUGCUACAUAGAUGUCACAUUCCAGUAGGGUCAGAAGCAAAGGUUAUUAUUAUUUUUUAAUAGUGGAAGUUCAAUUGAGUACAGGCUUAACUGAAAGAACAUUAAGACUGAAUGCAACAUCUAAACCCCCUCCGGAGGAAAGGAGUUCCAACCUCAAGGUUUUUAUAGGUGGUGGAUGGUUGUCAAACUGUUGCUGAAAAACAGCAAGUAUGAGAACAAGGGUAAGUUGACAUAAAUACAUCCCAAGAUUUACACUCAUUGGUUGAGAGAGAGAGGACAGUGAUAAGAGUGAGCCCAUAUGUUAAAUGGAAAGUGUGUGGAAUGUGCAUUAUUGUGCCACGCUUAUAGGCUGUAAGGUAAAUGACAUUCUGCACAUAGCUAAUAGGAAAGAGAAACAAGACGCUAUGCUGUUUGUAUUCUAUGCCCGUAGAAUAGAAAAAAUGAUUUAUGCUUACUGGAUGAAGUUAAACAAGCAUUCAGACCAGCCUUCCUGAUUGAACCUCGUAAACUACAUUUUUAGAAGUAAAACAAAUAUUUGACAUCACAACCAUGCCUUGUUGUGCUCUCUUUAUACUGUACUGUUUUGCUAAAUCAUUAUAGAAGCAAUAUAUAUUGUGUUGGGUUAAAUCAUCAGGUGGCUAAAAUAAUGUUAUGUCUGCUUUGUCUUUCAGUACAACUGCAUGAUUGUGCUGCUUAAACGGUUCCUCUUGUGAUCACUGUACCUUUAGCAUGGGGACAGUUGUAUAUUGCCUCUGAACUGUCAAACGUGUGUUGCUCGCUCUGUUCAUGUCCUAGUCAAUGAAGAAAUGAAUGAGAAAAUAGGUAUUUUGGUUCAAUGAGGAAUGCUUUAAUAGAUCAGUCUGCCACAUGAAUAAAUUAUUCAUACACCA